AUGAUAAGAACUUGGUUUUUCGUCAAACCAAACGCCUGCUCAAGAUUCAGAUCACCAGUCUCACAUUUUGACAUUCUACGGCACAUGUCAACAGCCAUGUCUGCAAAUGAGCAUCAUGCUGAAUCGGCCUCUGGCGUCGAAGCUGCCUCCAAGUCAAGGCCACAAACAGCCAAGAAACCGGCAAAAAAGGAGAUCAAGAUCCUAAUGCUACAUGGCUACACGCAGUCGGGCCCGCUCUUCCACGCCAAGACGCGCGCCAUGGAGAAGCUCAUGGUCAAGUCUCUAGCCCCCUUCAACGUGCAGCCGACGCUCGUCUACCCGACGGCGCCCAACCAGCUCCGGUCGGCCGACAUACCGGGCUGCGAGGAGGAAGCGUCGGAAGACGACCCCCGCGCGGCCGACUCGUGGGCGUGGUUCCGCACGGACGACGCCACGGGCGCCUACCGGCUGCUGCGCGAGGGCAUGAGCCGGCUGACCGAGGCGGUGCGGGACGCGGGCGGCGUCGACGGCGUCAUCGGCUUCAGCCAGGGCGCGGCCAUGGCCGGCAUGAUGGCGGCGGUGCUGGACGAGCCGAGGCGCGACGUCCCCGGCAGCGACUCGGCGAGGCAGUGGGUCCAGGAGAUGCGCGACGCCAACGCCGGCCGCCCGCUCAAGUUCGCAGUCAUCUACAGCGGCUUCCAGGCCAGGCCGCCCGGCCUGGGCUGGAUGUACGAGCCGCCCAUCCGCACCCCGACCAUGCACUUCAUCGGCAGCCUGGACACCGUCGUCGACGAGAAGAGGUCUAGGGGCCUGGUGGACAGGUGCGAGAACCCGGUCGUCAUUGAACAUCCGGGCGGUCAUCACGUUCCCACGAGCAAGGAAUUCGCGAUGCCAUUGAUUGGGUUCAUCAAGCAAAAGUGCGUGGAUGAUGUUGAUGCUGCUGCUGCUGCUGCUGCUGCGUAA